GCAGCAGGCUUGCUCACGCGCAGUCUUCACGCCAGUGUAAUAUUUGGCCAUCAAUCGACAAUAGUUUUUUAGGUUUUGUGCAUAGACAAGUUCCUUUUUCUCGUAAAAGACGUAGUGGCGGCCGCAAGAUGUUGGUGGCGACCUUCAACACGCUGACGCCUCGAAUGAGGUUCAGCUACAAGAAGCCGAUCAUCGAGAACUUCGCGUUCAAGCUGCAUUACCAGAUGACGGUCACCAUGCUACUCGCCUUCGUCAUCCUGGUCUGCGCCAGGGAGUACUUUGGGGACCACAUCAGGUGUCUGUCAGACCAGGGAGUGCCGCCAAACGUAAUACAGACGUACUGCUUCUUCAUGGCUACGUUUACGAUUGUGCGGCAUUACAACGAGAGCCUGCUGCAGUCUGGGUUCCUUCCACACCCAGGAGUGGGGCCCAUGUCAGGCGACGAUAAGAUCCUGCACCACACCUACUACCAGUGGGUCCCGUUCGUCCUGUUCAUCCAGUCGAUAUGCUUCUACAUGCCGCAUUAUAUUUGGAAGAAGAAGGAAGGUGGACGAAUAAAGGCUCUAGUAGAUGGACUGCAGUUUGCAGCUUUGGCUCUUGAGCAAGAGUCGGACAUCACUGUGCAAGGACAGACUGUGCCAUCAAAGGCUACACUUGACAACAAAAUCAACGUGAUUAGGAAAGAUAUUUUACUGAGAUUGAGGAUAACCCGCACCUGGUCCACGUGGCUGGUGGCGAUGGAGAUCACCAACAUGCUGCACGUCAUGUUCCAGAUCUGGAUCAUCAACGUGUUCCUCAACGGGCACUUCAUGGACCUCGGGCCUAGGGUGCUGCAGUUCAAGCGGUGGGACGACAUUGCUGACCCGUUGGAGACUGUAUUCCCUAAGGUGACGAAGUGCAUCUUCCACAAGUACGGUCCGAGCGGCUCCAUCCAGCAGCACGACGCGCUGUGCGUGAUGGCGCUCAACAUCAUUCAUGAAAAGAUCUACACGGUGCUCUGGUUUUGGCUCCUGUUCCUCUUCAUUGUGUCUGUGCUAGCUGUCAUCUGGCGAGCGGCUUCUUACUUUUUCUACCGACGGUCCUUGAAGUUCAACGAGAUGAUGUUCCGCCAAGCGACGAACGGCAAGUUCGACCCGUACAACGUCAUCAGAGUCGUCAAUGGCUGUCAGUUCGGGGACUGGCUGUUCCUUUACUAUCUGGCGAAGAACAUGAGCAGUAUAGUCUUCCAACAACUGUUCGUGGGCCUGGCUGAGGAGUUGCAGAAGAGAGACAUGCCUUACGUCGACGAAGAUGACCUUAAUCAUGAAGAUAAAGGCGCUGAGCCCGUUCUGAUAGGGAAGAUUCACUACGACGACGAAACUCUACCUCUGAAAGACGAUAAGAAGUCCUCGUAAACAUUGGUACAUGAGGUAUAAUAUUCUACCACGUAAAAGGUUGUCCGAUCUGCCACUAUUGAUGAUUCGUAUCAAAUACAGCGGUCUUUGAGAAAAGGGAAAGCUCUUUUAACAAGAAAAGUAAUUUCGAUAGUGAUAGUCCAAUGAAAUUACUCAUAGGCCAUUUUACCCCUAUUUUAUAAGGGCUGCUGUGAUGCUGUUGAAAACAUUAAGGUGUAUGAGUGUAUUUUGUGUUGUAAAUGCCAAAGGUUACUUCAAUAGGUGGAUAAUUUAUACACAUAUUAAAGGAGUUUUAAGUUAGACAUAAUAAUAGAAGAUUAGUCAACUUAAACGGACUAAGAUUCUAUAAAUUGAGUUAAGAAAACUGUUUAAUCCCUGGGAAAGAGACGAGAAAGUAUUUUUCUGACGUUAUCGUUUACAUACUUUGCAUAAUACAGUUAGUUGGAUUACGUAGUAUUACUUCUAAGAUAUUUUGCAUAUGAAAAUUGCUAGAUGAUGUGAUAUUGAAAUUUUUGAAUUACUUGUAUUUUUAUCAAAUUAUUGAUACUUAAGCAGGGUAAUAAAGCGUACCGAAUGAUCGACGAUUAUUUAGGCCGUAUAGAUAAGCUGCCAUUUUGGAAUCCAUAAGUAAGUUUAUUGUUAGUAAUUUAUGGUAGUUAGGUAGUAGGAAUAAUUGAAAUUUUAUGUUGUGAAGUUGCUUGUGCGAUGUAUGAGUGAUAUUUGAAAAUGAAUUUGGUAUUAUUGCUCAAAUAAUUUAUAAGAGCACUCUAGUUUAUAUUACAAUUAUCGAAUAAAAACGUGUUUCGGAUUAUUUCAACUCAAAAAUUA